AUGAAACACCGUGUGGUCAUAUAUCUUCGGUAUCAACGACGCAGUAGCCGUCCGGCGUCAUCUACACAGUAUCAACCUGCUGCAAACCAGCGCAACUCGCCUCUUCUGCGCCUCCCCGCCGAGCUCCGAAACAGGAUAUAUCUCUACACUUUCGAUAUCAACAACAUACAUCUCAUUCAUCAGCGCCGCGACCGUCGAGGCCCGCGUAACUCACCUUACCCGAUGAGCUUAGCGCAAAGCUGCACUCAGUGCCGCUAUGAGGCUCUUCCUUACUUCUGGUAA